GGGCAAUCUGGAAUGGCUGGGGGAGGGAUCCAUAUCAAGAACUCGAUCAUUGUAAGGCCAACCAACGCCUCCAUGCGCAGAAUGUCCUUUGAAGCCUGAGUCGAGAAAUCUCCAAUGUUCCGCGGCAUCAAGAACAUGACAAACGUCUGCAGUCUAUCCUGGUGCCUGGUUCAAUUGUGGAUUGCAUUUAGUAGUCUAGCUCUUGGUACGGCAUAUCCGGGCCCUGAUGCCUUUCCUUCUCCCUCCAUGCUUGCUCUUUUUAGAAUGGCAGCUCCGACAGCAAGCAAGCUCGCACCAAUGGUAAAACGAGGCGCCGCUACCGAAGUUUCGGUUGCCUUGGGUGGGCUUGGCUUGCUGGAUGAAAUGGAUAAUUCCCGCAAGGCGUUUUCUUCCUAACACCGGUUGUAUACUAUUUGUCGCGAACGGGAAGGAAGAGGCUUGGGUUCAUCGGGAAACUGAUUAAAAAUUCGAGUUUUGGUGUAUGUAGGGGCAGUGACAAACACAAUUUCCAGCACGGGUUGUGAGUUGCUCAAUUAAGGUAACGUCCUCGACUGCUUCCUUAUGCACAAUUGCACAUCCUGAGCGGAGCGAAUGAUCGACGCGACUCAUGACGGCGGCCCUGAGAGGUUUCCCC